AAACAUAGCAAAUCAUGAAAGAUUUAUAUUAAACAGAAUCAAACUUAGAUAAACAUUAGUAAAUCCCAAUUCAUAUCCAGCGAAUCUCACCGUUUAAUUCUUCCUGAUUUUCUCUUUAAAUUCCCUCUGCUUUCCCUCUCUCUCUCAAUUCAAUCUGCCCCCUCUGUUCUUGCUCUUCCGUGCACGUCAUCUUUGAUAUCUAUCCAAACCAUGGUGAGCUCCGAUCAGACCAUUUUGGUGACCGGCGGGGCUGGCUUCAUCGGCACUCACACCGUCGUUCAGCUCCUCAAAAGUGGAUUUAAGGUCUCUAUCAUCGAUAAUCUGGACAAUUCCGUUAUAGAAGCCGUGGAUCGAGUUCGGGAACUUGUGGGGCCUCAACUUUCUGAUAGACUUGAAUUCACCAAGCUUGAUCUCAGAAACAAGCAAGACUUGGACAAUCUGUUCUCUAAAACAAAAUUUGAUGCUGUUAUUCACUUCGCGGGUCUAAAAGCUGUUGGCGAGAGUGUUGCCAAUCCCCGCCGAUAUUUUGAUUUUAAUUUGAUUGGAACCAUCAAUCUCUAUGAAGUUAUGGCAAAAUAUAACUGCAAAAAGAUGGUCUUUUCAUCAUCCGCAACAGUUUACGGCCAACCUGAAAAGAUACCAUGUGUAGAGGAUUUCAAUUUACAGGCAAUGAAUCCUUAUGGACGAACUAAGCUUUUCCUUGAAGAAAUCGCUCGAGACAUUCAGAAGGCUGAGCCAGAAUGGAGGAUUAUUUUGCUCAGAUAUUUCAAUCCUGUAGGGGCACAUGAAAGUGGUAAACUUGGUGAAGAUCCUAGGGGCAUCCCCAAUAACCUCAUGCCUUACAUUCAGCAAGUAGCCGUGGGGAGAUUGCCGGAACUUAAUGUUUAUGGCCAUGAUUAUCCCACAAAGGAUGGAUCAGCAGUUCGAGACUACAUUCAUGUAAUGGACUUGGCAGAUGGUCACGUUGCUGCUUUGCGAAAGCUUCUCACUACUGAGCAUAUCGGUUGUACAGCUUAUAACUUGGGAACUGGCCAAGGUACAUCAGUACUCGAAAUGGUUGCUGCAUUUGAAAAGGCCUCUGGCAAGAAAAUUCCCUUGAAACUGUGUCCAAGGAGGCCUGGAGAUGCCACUGCUGUUUACGCAUCCACAGAGAAGGCCGAGAGAGAACUUGGCUGGAAGGCAAAAUACGGUGUAGAGGAGAUGUGCAGGGAUCAAUGGAACUGGGCCAGAAACAAUCCAUGGGGCUACCAGGGGAAGGCUUGAUGGAAUUCUCUAAACUCCUUUAAAAUUCCUGCCCUCUUUUCGCUGUCUAUAUGCACUAUGUACUUUUAUUUUCUUUUUCUUUUUUAUAAAAAAAAGGUUGUUUCUUUCCAUGAUGUUAAUUCAAAUGAUUUGAAGUUGAACUAUGACAUGAUAAGAACAACUUGCUUUUGAAGAUUGACAAUGAUAAGGAUCGGUCAAUCAUUACCCUUCGAAA